UUUCUCUCUCUCUGAAAAGUAAGACCAAAGACCAAAGACUUGGCCUCUCUCUCUCUCUCUCUCUCUCUCUCUACAAAAAGCUCUCCCACGAAGUCUCUCUGUCUCCCUCAGUUUUUGUUUCUCUUGUUUUUUUAUUUCUUCUAAAGUAGACUUAUUAUAACAUUGUUGCAUAGUUCUGAUUUGGGUUUUUUCAGCGUUUGAGAUUCUGGGUAGUUGUUUAUUCAGUAGUUGACCAUUGGAUUCAAUCACACGCCGGCGAUCAAUUUUCUGGUUACUGGGUUUUGUUUAUUGAUUCUAAGCUGAAAGCUAUUGCUUGCAGCCUCUGGGCUUAAUCAUUGAGCUCCUUCGGUUAGUGUGAGCUUUUUUUUUUGGGUCAGCUUCUCACAAGAGAUGGUAGGUGGGUUAAAAAAAGGGUGAGAUUGAGUGGUAGCUGAGAGAGAGAGAGGGCUGAAACGAAACCCUAGAAGGAAAAGAGGAACUUUGUGUCCAAAAGCUUCGUUUAAAUUCCAAUUUCCGAGAUAAAAUCUUUUUGUCCAUUAGCUUCUUGUUUUAAAUUCUCCGUUCAAUGUCCAAUUUUUACACUUUUUUCGCUCUUUUGUCCACUAGCUUCUGAUCUUCGGUUGUCGUUUAGAGUGGGUGGUAGUUUUAUUUUUCAUUUCUAGUACACAUGCCGAUCGAUUUAGAUAAUUCCUCUACAGCUUCCGGUGAAGCCAGCGUUUCUUCCUCUGGCAACCAGCCUCCGCCACCCAUCGUCACGGGCAAGAAAAAGCGGAACCUCCCUGGAAUGCCAGAUCCAGAUGCAGAGGUGAUUGCUCUGUCGCCGAAAACCCUUUUGGCCACAAAUCGAUUCGUGUGUGAAAUUUGCAAUAAAGGGUUUCAAAGGGACCAGAACUUGCAGCUUCAUCGCCGAGGACAUAAUCUUCCUUGGAAACUGAGGCAGAGAACGAGCAAGGAAGUCAAAAAGAGAGUUUAUGUGUGUCCUGAGCCUACUUGUGUUCACCAUGAUCCUUCCAGAGCUCUGGGCGAUCUCACGGGGAUAAAGAAGCACUUCUGCAGGAAGCAUGGCGAGAAGAAGUGGAAAUGCGAUAAGUGUUCAAAGCAGUACGCAGUUCAGUCUGACUGGAAAGCUCACUCGAAGAUUUGCGGCACAAGAGAGUACAAAUGCGAUUGUGGAACUCUGUUUUCAAGGAGGGAUAGCUUCAUCACGCACAGAGCCUUCUGUGAUGCUUUAGCAGAGGAGAGCGCAAGAAAUCAGACUCAGACUCAGAACCCGACUCCGACUCCGACUCCAACUCCGACUCCGGCUUCCAAUCUAGCUGCUCCGAAUCCUAAUCCAGAAUCGGAGCCGAAAUUGCAGGUUGAUCCACCUCCACAGUCGCCACCACCAGCGGUACCUGCAGCUUCAGCCCCAGUCCCUCCAGCUCUAUCUCAGUCAGCCGGAGUCACAUCUUCUUCGGUUUCGCGGACUCAUAGUUCAGAGUUGCCAGAUAAUCCCACUCCAAUUACAGAGGAAGCCCGAGCGCCAGCACCAGCAGGAUUAAACGGAAGCUGUAGCAGUAGCACCAGCGCAAGCAGCAAUGGUGGCACCAGUAGUAGUGUCUUUGCCAGUUUAUUUGCUUCAUCAACUGCAUCUGGAAGCUUACAGCCUCCUCAAACUUCGCCAUUUACUGACUUAAUCCGGGCCAUGGCUCACCCUGAUCGUCCAACAGAUCUUGCAUCAUCAUCAUCCAUUGAACCCAUUUCUCUUUGCCUCUCCACCAACCAUGGAUCAUCAAUAUUUGGUACUGCAGGGCAAGAGCUUAGGCAAUAUGCACCUCCACCUCAACCAGCAAUGUCUGCCACUGCACUGUUACAAAAGGCUGCUCAAAUGGGGGCUGCUGCUACAAAUGCAUCAUUGCUCCGUGGUCUUGGGAUUGUGUCAUCUUCAUCAUCUGCACAGCAAGACAAUAUGCCAUGGGGUCACAGGCAAGUGGAGCCGGAGAAUACCUCAAUCGCUGCGGGGCUGGGACUGGGUUUACAGUGUGAUGGAGGUUCUGGAUUAAAGGAAUUGAUGAUGGGAACUCAUUCCGUGUUUGGUGCUAAGCAAACUACCCUUGAUUUUCUCGGAUUGGGGAUGGCCGCUGGUGGAAGCCCUAGUAGCGGCCUGUCAGCUCUAAUUACAUCUAUUGGCAAUGGUCUAGAUGUGGCUGCUGCAGCGGCUUCUUUUGGAGGCGGAGAAUUCACCAGCAAGGACAUGGGAAGGAGCUCUUGACCAAAGAGCUAUUACUUCCGAGUUUUGACUUGGGGAUUAAGGCGAACAUUGUACAGCGUAUCCGAUUCAGGGCAGUUUAUUUUGCAGAAGAAACAAGGAUAAAGAUAAAAUUUUGUACGAAGAGUUGCCCUUAUGGGUAAGCAUCAGUUUAAUCAUGGGCAAUUCAUUUUAAAUCAUAGGCUGCAAUGAUGAUGCAGAAUUAUUGAUAAGAAGAAAUACAGAGACCUUUACUUUCCUCAUAAGAAUCGCAGGCUUAAGUAAUUCGGCAUACUUGCACCGAGUUUUCAAGGUCACCUGAGCUGCAGAACUUACAUCAAGUUGUUUCUUCAUCGAUCGACUAGGUCAUUUCGGACAAUUACUGGGAUAAACUUACGGGAGAACAGAUGACACUUGAUAAAUUGUGAAGAAGUAGUAGCGGUUAGGUGGAAAUCGAACGUGGACUAGGCAUUUGGCUGGUGAUGGUUGUUCUUGUAACUGUUUAUACUUAGAUUUUGCUACUGCAACUGUGUUCUUAUAAAUGAAUCUGAAAGUUACUGUAAGAUUUUAAACUUCUGUAGGGUAUAUUUUCAUGUGAUGAGGUUCAGAGAAACGGGUUUAUGGUGGUGAUGUGAAUGAAUAAUUUGAGCUGAAUUGUUUUGGAUAAA